AUGACCGUUGAACUAGCCCUCAUUUUAAUCAAAGUCGAACAGACAAGUUCUUUUGCUUCCCGUGCCAUCGCGAGGCUAACCCCCAACGACCGUUCAGCAAACGUCGUACGGAGUCGGAACACAGAAGGCAUGGCGGCGAACAGUCCCCCAAAUGAGGUGAAAACCCGCUUCUGUAUCAUUUCCGAUACGCAUACAUAUACGCCUUUGCCACCGGACAAUUGGUCUCCAUUUCGAUUACCUUUCCCCUCCUCAGAUGUCCUCUUACACGCCGGCGACCUCACCAUGGUCGGGAAGGAGAGCGAGCACCAGGCGACAAUUGGUAUGCUCAAGAACGCGGAUGCAGAGCUAAAGAUUGUCAUUGCGGGGAAUCAUGACAUCACUCUUGACGAGGACUACUAUAAUAGCUUCGGGUAUCGUCGACACAGAACUAGGGAAGACCUGGUUAAAAUCAGGGACAUGUACUGCGGGGAAGAGGCGAGGAAACACGGCAUCGUCUAUAUGGAUGAGGAAUUGAGAACGUUCACUCUGAAAAACGGCGCCCGAUUCACUGUCUAUGCGUCUCCGUACCAGCCGGAAUUCUGUCGAUGGGCCUUCGCAUACAAGCGCCAUCAAGACCGAUUCAACCCUGCCGUGGAAGGCUCACAAUUCAUUGCGCAAAACCCAAUACCCGAUUUUCCUACUGUGGAUGUUAUGAUAACUCAUGGGCCUCCAAGAGGGGUUAUGGAUGAGACCAUCAGCUGUGAACCUGUCGGUUGCGACCACCUUCGACGCGCAGUUACCCGAGCUAAACCCCGCCUCCAUUGUUUUGGUCAUAUCCAUGAAGGAUAUGGUGCUCAACGAAUGGAAUGGGCGGGGGAGAAAGUAACGAAUAUAAAGCUUGAUCAAUCGACCGUGCUCAAGGAUCGAGCCUCUUAUAUUAAUGUCAGCCGCGACGGCGCUGAUAAUCCCUUGAAGGUGGGAGAGGAGACCUUGUUUGUCAACGCCAGCAUCGUCACUGUCCAAUAUGACCCAGUGCAUGCCCCUUGGGUUGUUGAUAUCGAUCUACCUCGUUCGGAUGAUUCAUGA